UCUCACUUCAAGCAAAGAAGAAUCAUGAAGUUCAUCCUGACCUUGAGUUUGAUCACUGUGGCCCUUGGAAUUGAUCCUGUCCGCUUUGACAGGGACAAGGUGUUCCGUGUGAAGCCCCAGGAUGAAAAACAAGCAAGCAUCAUAAAGGACUUGGCCAAAACCAAUGAGCUUGACUUCUGGUAUCCAGAUGCCACACACCAUGUAGCUGCUAACAUGACAGUGGAUUUCCGAGUUAGUGAGAAGGAAUACCAAUCUGUCCAGUCUGCCUUGGAUGAAAAUAAAAUGCACUACAAAAUCCUAGUACAUGAUCUACAAGAAGAGAUUGAGAAACAGUUUGAUGUUGACGAUAUCUCUGGCAGACACAGUUACGCAAAAUACAAUAACUGGGACAAGAUUGUAGCUUGGACUGAAAAAAUGGUGAAUAAGCAUCCUGAAAUGGUCUCUCGUAUUAAAAUUGGGUCAACUGUUGAGGAUAAUCCACUCUAUGUUCUCAAGAUUGGGAAAGAUGGACGAAGAAAGGCUAUUUUUAUGGACUGUGGCAUUCAUGCACGAGAAUGGAUCUCCCCUGCAUUCUGCCAGUGGUUUGUCUAUCAGGCAACAAAAAGUUAUGGAAAAAACAAAAUUAUGACCAAACUCUUGGACCGAAUGAAUUUUUAUAUUCUUCCUGUUUUCAACGUGGAUGGAUAUAUUUGGUCUUGGACACAGAACCGAAUGUGGAGAAAAAAUCGUUCUAAGAACAAAAAUUCCAGCUGUAUUGGCACUGACCUCAACAGGAAUUUUGAUGUCUCGUGGAAAUCUUCUCCAAGCUCUAAUAAUCCAUGUAGUGACAUCUAUAGAGGCCCUGCACCAGAGUCAGAGAAAGAGACAAAGGCUGUCACUGACUUCAUCCGAAGACACCUAAAAUCCAUCAAAGCUUACAUCACCUUCCAUUCCUACUCCCAGAUGCUACUGUUUCCAUAUGGAUAUACAACAAAACUGCCAUGCAACCAGGAGGACCUGAACAAAGUUGCAAAGAUUGGCACUGAUGUUAUAUCAACUCGGUAUGAAACCCACUACAUUUAUGGUCCAAUAGCAUCAACAAUUUACCCAACAUCAGGUUCUUCUUUAGAUUGGGCUUAUGACCUGGGCCUCAAACACACAUUUGCCUUUGAGCUCCGUGAUAGAGGCAAAUUUGGCUUCCUCCUUCCUGAAUCGCUGAUAAAGCCAACCUGCAAGGAGACCAUGCUGGCUGUCAAAUUUAUUGCCAAGUACAUCCUCAAGCAUACUUCCUAAAGAAUCACCCUCAAGUUGGAAUACACUGAUCCUUUUGUUCACGCGUCUACCUUUCACCAGAAAGUCUUCAAGUAACCCUAGAGGUAGCUGCCACACCAUCUGAAUAGGUCUUUCUCUUGUUUAUUUGUUCUGCUUUCAAUUACUCCCACUAACACCUUAGUAGUUUUUGGGGUUUUUUUGUUUUUGGUUUUGGUUUUUUGAG